AGAAUGUCACAUUGUCGUCAUCGUCCCCAAAUGAUUCAAAGGCUCAUUUUAAGCAGGAAAGGAAUCGGGUUAUCGCAUCUCCCGAACUUCGCCAUUGGUGCAGCUCGAUUCCUUUGCAGUGCAGAUUUUUCAAGGGAGAUACAGGAAAUGGCUGAAAAUGGUGUUAAUAGUAUCACCCGUGUGCUCUUUUGUGGGCCUUAUUUUCCUGCUUCUCAGAAUUACACACGGGAAUAUUUGCAAAAGUAUCAAUUUAUACAGGUUGAUGAUGUCCCCCUCGGGGAUGUGCCAGAUGUUAUUUCCAACUACCAUAUUUGUGUAUUGAAAAACCGGCGGUUAGAUUCGGAAGUUAUUUCUCGGGCAAAGCAGAUGAAGCUUAUAAUGCAGUUUGGUGUUGGAUUGGAAGGUGUUGAUGUUGAUGCUGCUACAAGGUUUGGAAUAAAGGUCGCCAGAAUUCCGGGCAAUGUAACUGGGAAUGCAGCAUCAUGUGCUGAGCUGGCAAUAUAUUUGAUGUUGGGCCUUCUCCGUAAGCAAAAGGAGAUGGAAAUUGCUGUAAAGCAGAAGAGAUUGGGAGAACCUGUCGGUGAAACCCUACUGGGGAAAACAGUGUUUAUUAUGGGGUAUGGAAAUAUUGGGAUUGAUUUAGCAAAACGCUUGCGACCGUUCGGUGUAAAAAUCCUCGCUACGAAACGGAGUUGGGCCUCAGAUUUGCCUGUUUCUUGUCAACCAAAUGAAGUCAGAAACCAAAGUGAUACUAUUAAUGAUCUUGUUGAUAAGAAGGGUGGUCCAGAAGAUUUUUUUGAUUUUGCCAGUGAAGCUGACAUAGUUGUAACUUGCUUGGCUUUGAAUAGUGAAACGGCUGGCAUAGUCAACCAUAAAUUUCUCUCAUCAAUGAAACAGGGUGCUCUUUUGGUAAAUAUUGCUCGAGGAGGCAUCCUGGACUAUCAAGCUGUUGUUUCUCACCUGGAAUCAGGUCAUUUGGGAGGCUUAGGUAUUGAUGUUGCUUGGUCCGAGCCAUUUGAUCCAGAUGAUCCAAUUCUAAAGUUCCAGAAUGUUUUGAUCACACCUCACAUAGGUGGGGUUUCAGAAUUUGCUUACAGAGCAAUGUCAAAGGUGGUUGGUGAUGUUGCCCUACAACUUCAUGCUGGGACUCCAUUGACAGGAAUAGAGUUUGUGAACUGAAGUUCAAAUGGUUCCAGAAGAUUUCAAUUCGAAGGCCUAGUUAUUUAUGCAGUUAAAAUCUAGCAGAGUAUGGAGGCAGGUCUUUUAUGAGCCAUUUUUCCAUCGUUUGUUAUGAUUUAGUUACUUGGAAUUGUAUCACUACACUUUCCUACUGAAAAAAAUUAGCCGCUACACUAUAGAUGGUCUUUUGAAUCUUGUACCAUGGGUAUCAAGGAUUGAAUUUGAUGAAAUAAUUUGCAUUGGUUAGGUAUUACGAACUAUCAUCUUUUUGU